UUCAGUUCCAUCAUUAAUCAAAGACCCGAAAGGAGGAGUAUGAUAAUGCCGCCCCGGUCGCUUAAAGGCUCUUAUUGGCCAAGACAUAAAGUGUCAGCUGUCCAGGGGUUCCAAACGUCAUUGCUCCCGGCCCGCACGAGUGACCCUGCUGCCGCCAUCACUUCACAGUACCUUUUGGCUGGCACACUGCUGUGACACGACACAGGAAGCUGAAAUAGUGAAUAUCCAAUGAUAUACAUAAUUCUGAAUAUCCCGUCCCUCAUUGGCUCUCCGCUGAGAACCAGAACGGGUGGCUCUCCGCGAGCUUGUGGUGCUGAAAUCUCGACUCGCUAUGAUAACGAUGUAAUGGCAAUGAGACAAUUCACUGUGGAACCCAAUAAACACCACCAAAAUGGACGAUGAUUUGUUCCAGUUAAGACAACUCCCGGUGGUCAAGUUCCGUCGCACGGGUGAGAGCACACGCUCUGAGGAUGACUGCUUGGGGAGAGAGCAGGAAGUCCAGAUCGAUGGGAGGCAGGCUUACAUGGAGUCUGUGGCACUUCAUGAUGGCGCACUAGUACCCCGGGAGUUUGCCAACCCAACUGAUGACACUUUCAUGGUGGAGGAUGCUGUGGAGGCCAUUGGUUUUGGGAAGUUCCAGUGGAAACUCUCCAUCCUCACUGGUCUGUCCUGGAUGGCUGAUGCUAUGGAGAUGAUGAUUCUAAGCAUCCUGGCACCACAGCUUCACUGUGAAUGGAGGCUUCCAAGCCUGUGGGUGGCGCUACUCACCUCGGCGGUGUUCAUUGGAAUGAUGAUCAGCUCUUCCAUUUGGGGGAACAUAUCCGAUAAGUAUGGCAGAAAAACAGGUCUGAAGAUGAGUGUGGCGUGGACCAUGUUCUACGGUGUACUGAGCGCCUUUGCCCCCGUCUACGGCUGGAUCCUCUUCCUCCGUGCCUUGGUGGGCUUCGGCAUCGGAGGAGCCCCACAGUCGGUGACACUGUAUGCAGAGUUUCUCCCCAUGAGGUCCAGAGCCACCUGCAUCUUGCUAAUCGAGAUAUUCUGGGCGCUGGGCACUGUGUUUGAGGUGCUGCUGGCCAUCCUGGUGAUGCCCACUCUGGGCUGGCGCUGGCUGCUCGGCCUCUCCACCAUUCCGCUCUUCAUCUUCGCUAUCCUCUCUUUUUGGCUGCCAGAAAGUGCACGCUAUGACGUGUUGACAGGGAACCAGGAGAAAGCUCUGACUACCCUGAAGCGCAUCGCCAAGGAGAACGGAGUCCCCAUGCCCCUGGGAAAACUAAUUGCUGCCAGACAGGAGGACCGUGGGAAGUUCCAGGAUCUUUUCUCACCGCAUUUUCGCUGGACCACAAUUCUGCUGUGGUUUAUUUGGUUCUCUAAUGCAUUCGCCUACUAUGGCCUGGUCCUGCUCACCACUGAGCUCUUCCAGGAGGGGGGCGCCUGUGGGGAGUCAAAAGGUAGUAAGAGGGAGCCCAAGUGUAGCCUGGAGUGUAAAUACCUGACCUCAGACGACUACAAGGAUCUGCUGUGGACCACCCUGUCUGAAUUCCCAGGCUUGCUGGUGACUCUGUGGGCCAUCGAUCGGCUGGGAAGGAGGAAGACAAUGGCACUGUGCUUCUUCGUCUUCUCUCUCUGCCUUGUGCCACUCUACGCUUGUGUAGGGAGGACCUGGCUGACAGUAUUGAUAUUCAUCGCCAGGGCCUUCAUCGCAGGAGGUUUCCAGGCUGCUUAUGUCUACACCCCUGAGGUAUAUCCAACAGCAACCAGAGCAUUAGGUCUGGGCACUAGUAGUGGAAUGGCUAGAGUGGGAGCCCUCAUCACACCCUUCGUUGCACAGGUGAUGUUGGAGUCUUCUGUGUACCUGACUCUGUCAGUGUACAGCAUCUGCUGCCUGCUGGCUGCCAUCGCCUCCUGUGCUCUGCCCAUUGAGACCACUGGCCGGGGCCUCCAGGAGUCCAGCCACCGCGAGUGGGGCCAGGAAAUGAUGGGCCGGGCCCCUGCCAACAGCUCUGGGGGCAUCCCACACUCCGACUCUGGGUCCCAGGAGGACGGAGCACAGGCAAGAGGGUGGUGAAGGAGGGAUGCUGGAGUGGAAGAGAGAGGCAAUAAAGGAGAAGGAAGCUAGGCAAGCAGCCCUUGUCCAUUCUCAACUCAAAUGUGUCAUUACUGGUUUGUAUAUAGGCACCACAGUGGCUUGAGAGAGCCUGCCACCAAAAUGUUAUUCAAAAACAUUUCUCUCUCAUUUUAAUCUUCAACCACUACCACUGUCAUGAUUUUUGCCAAUGUAGGAUAACCACACUCUGAGUGAGACAGAGCUCAAUCGAUUAUCCUGAGUAUACACUGGGUGGUAGCAGGGAGAGAAACUGUUCAGGGUGGGUUUGUCAUUCUUAUAUCUCAGUAUUUGAAUUUCAUAUUGUGAGGGAGAAGAACAGUGAGAUUUAUAGUAACAGUGAGAGUGAUAGUGAAAGAGAGUGAUAGAGGACAUUGCUUUGUUGCGUUGUUUCUAUUAACCUGUUUCUUUUAAGAGAGCCUUAAAACAAUGGCUCUACUCAGGUCCUACCACUCAGUUUUGGAUAAGGGACACAUUGAGGGCUUUUGACAGAGAUGUGGCGUCAAGGGCCCCAAAAAAUCCAUUAUAUUUUGCAAAGCUAUAAUGAAAACAAUGACAUGUAAUGAAUUGCUAUCUAAUGAUACAAUAAUUACCCACUCAACAUAAUCAAAUCUGUACAUCUGGGGUUGUUUGCAGAUUCCCAUCACCCCGUUAACCAUCCGACAUGAUGCACUUCAUAGAGGUGUGAGGUCACAAAUCUCAGUUACGCUUCAGUUUAGAUACUUACAGUGCCUUGCGAAAGUAUUCGGCCCCCUUGAACUUUUCGACCUUUUGCCACAUUUCAGGCU